UCAACUUCUGCUCUAAGGCAGGAAAAUUCACGCGCAUAGCUGUCGCACAUGACGCAGAAAACACGCGAGAAAGUGCGCAAGUAUGCGUUAUCUUAGACACAUUUGACCAAUUGGUUAUUCCUCGAUGCAUGCGCAGACUUUAUGGUGAGGCUGAAUAGCCAACGCUUCUGAGUCUAAUAAUGCGGUGCUCAACUGCCCCUUAAAAUAACGGUCACAUGACCAUGUGACCGCAAUGAUAAACGUGUUUCUUUUGCGCGCCUACAUUUUUUUGUUUAUUCGGUCGCCAACGAAAUCAGUUUGAAAGAACAGUGUGUGCUUCGAAAGCCGCCGAAGACGGCAACCUUACGCGCUUCUUUCACAGUCCCGCCGCGUAUCUUCGUGGCGCUAACCUGUUUUCGGACCACCGAAGAAAUUCGAGCAACGGGAGUGCUCAGAGAGAUUCGGGCCUGUCGGAUUACCCUGCGUAAUUAACGGGUAAGCAGGAAGCGUCAAGUUGUGACACGAGGCACCGAAUGAUGGCUAUCAUGAAUGUUUUCUCUCUUGCACAAAGCCAAGCCCUGCUGCACAAAUAGACCGAAUCAUUCUGCUAUCAAAUGGACGGAAGUUUGCCACCGAAGAAAGCUUGGCUGAGACGCAAGCAAGAAGAUUUUAGCCUGCAACCUCGAAUUCCUUCCGAGGAUUCCAACGCACGAGAGCCCCAACGCAACCAUCAGAUAUCGCCUGAAGCAACACUUUCGACGCCCAGCUUCCCAGAGCCCGAACUGCGCACCCAAGAACGUAGUAGGACCACGGGCAGCGACGAAGCGCUUGCUCCUUCGCCUGGUAGUUCUUCCUCCGGUAGUUACUUGCAGACAGGCUGUUUCGAAGCAUUCCGCAACGCUCUUCGCCAUAGUGUCGUCAAUAUUGUCGGUUCACGACGCAAAAGAACAGCAGCCAACGAAGAAAGCGUAACAUUGAGCAACCAAGUACCGAUGGAUCAUGCAACUGCGUCUACACAACGCGACGACGAUGCCAACUAUGAGGAAGGCACCCGUAGAAGGCCGCUCAAUCCUGGAUCUCCUGAUGAUACCAGGAUCGGCUCUAGCCCAAGGAAGCGUACUUCACCAGCCGCAGAAAAAGCAACGUCCGAGGGCCCGAAAUCUGGAGAGCAGGCUGCCGUGCAGGAAGCUUCGGAAAUUUCCGGACAAAAAGAGCCAAAAAUAGUGGUACCUUCGCAGCUCGAUUGGGUGUCAGAGGAAACAGUUGAUUACCGAGUAAAGUCUGUCGACGAACAUGGCCAACUUUGGUUCAGAGGAUCCAUACCGGAAGCGAACGAGCCGCCAGAACCACAAGGAGCGUCGUCAUCUACAAGCCGGGCGACCGUCGAUGUAGACAGACUCCUUAUGCCUCCACCGCCAGUCCCAUGGGGCAGGAGAAUAACGCGUCGCAAAGUGCGUCAACCGGCUUUUGAUUCGACGACGCAAAUACCGUCAUCACUUUUCAGCGCCGACCACUUCCUGAUGGGUUUCUCGGAAGAAUCCCAGCGCUCCACUUCAACGCAGUCUUCCCCUUCUGAAGAUGUAGCUCCGCAAUCAAGCUCGCCACCGACGCAGACGUGGGAUUUGGGAAGCGAGGGUAAGCACCAGCAGCCAGGCAACGUCACAAGUGGUGACCUCUCGGCUGAAGCACGGGAACAGGAGCAACCUGAUCCGUCGAACCAGACUGCUAGUUUAGCGCGGUCACAUUUGCGGGGAUCUGUAGACGCAGGAGUUAUACGGCGCAAUACCGCUUGGCCGAUAUCGGAUCAGCCUGCGGAAUACGAAUCGCGUAGCGAAUACCAGAGAAGUGAGCAUCAUGCUUCGAGUCAAGACAAAGGUGAACCUUCAAUGAAAGCGCCGCAGAAGGUGGACAGCUUUCGAGAAAAACAGGAUGCUGGCCGCACCGCCGUUCAUGUACGUGAGGGUCCCGGAAAAAGCGUUCAAGAGAAUCCUCCGGAUCAGGAUGUUCUCGAGGAUCUCACGGUCAGUCAGGAUCCCGGUCGUAGGAAGUCUGGCGAAAGUGCUGCUUCUAAGGCGAUUCGUUCGGUAGAACAUUCGCAAGAUUUCGGUGCAAAUAAAGGCGCUGCCCAAGAACGUGGGGGGCAAUCUGUCCCAGAUUCGUCGACAGAAGAAUGCACACUCGAUGUAGACUCGACAGGUGGUGGAGCGACUGCUCAUAUAAGUCAUGGUACAGAAGUGGUUAUCACUGAGCCUGCGGGGGCGACAACUACGUCCACAGCAACAACAUUGCCACCGACUAAAACUGAGUCGACGACGACUACAAAUUUCGCCACUGUAUCUCAUCGUUGGUUUCAUUAAAUAACGUCAACCAAGAGAACUAGAUGACAUAUGCUCGCUGUGUACUAGAGAAAAAAAAUGGGACAGAGCUGCGGUCAGUCCGGAAACCGGCGGUGGCCUCGCAAAUAGCUCUGGGCCACCGAUGACAGGUAUAAGGAGAGGCAUACCCAGGACUUGACACCCAGAUGAGGUGUUCACUUUUAUUCUCUGGACACGUGACGCCACGUCAUAAGGUGACUGUCUAUAAUAAAGUAAUAACAGCGAA